AUGCAGGAGACUCAGGAGAUGUGGGUUCAGCCCCUGGGUCUGGGAAGAUCCCCUGGAGUAGGAAAUGGCAACCCACUCCGGUAUCCUUGCCUGGAAAAUUCCAUGGACAAAGGAGUCUGGCGGGCCACAGUCCAUGGGUCACAGAGAGACAGAUACGCACGCGUCACAGGCACAAGUCUAGAUGCUGCCUGUUCCCGUGAAGUCCCAGUCCUCUGCCCUUUUAUGCCCUUUGAUGAGAACCUUGAGGAAGAGCUCCAAGGCAGAGAGACCAAAGUCCACUCUCCCUCCUUUCGCGGUAACAGAACUGAAGCAGGCGGAUGCUGUUGA